CCGGCCCUGCGGCUCCUGGCAGCUGGGCGCGGGGCGAUGGAACUGAACAUGAAGAAGUUCACGGUGCGCAGGUUCUUCUCCGUGUACCUGCGCAAGAAGUCGCGCUCCAAGAGCUCCAGUCUGAGUCGCUUCGAGGAAGAAGGCAUUGUGAAGGAGAUUGACAUUAGCAACCAUGUGAAGGAAGGCUUUGAGAAGGCAGACCCCUCCCAGUUCGAGCUGCUAAAGGUUUUAGGACAAGGGUCGUAUGGAAAGGUGUUCUUGGUGAGGAAGGUCACAGGAUCGGACGCUGGUCAGCUCUACGCCAUGAAGGUCCUGAAGAAAGCCACCUUGAAAGUGCGAGACCGGGUCAGGUCUAAGAUGGAGAGAGACAUCUUGGCAGAGGUGAAUCACCCUUUCAUCGUCAAGCUUCAUUACGCCUUUCAGACUGAAGGCAAGCUCUACCUGAUCCUGGACUUCCUGCGGGGAGGUGACCUCUUCACCAGGCUCUCCAAAGAGGUGAUGUUCACGGAGGAGGAUGUCAAGUUCUACCUGGCUGAACUGGCCCUGGCGCUGGACCACCUCCACGGCCUGGGGAUCAUCUACCGGGAUCUGAAGCCGGAGAAUAUCCUUCUGGAUGAAGAGGGACAUAUUAAGAUCACAGAUUUUGGCUUGAGCAAGGAGGCCAUCGACCAUGACAAGAGAGCCUACUCAUUUUGUGGGACUAUUGAAUACAUGGCGCCUGAGGUGGUGAACCGGCGUGGACACACACAGAGUGCCGACUGGUGGUCCUUUGGUGUGCUCAUGUUCGAGAUGCUCACAGGGUCCCUGCCAUUCCAGGGGAAGGACAGGAAGGAAACAAUGGCCCUCAUCCUCAAAGCCAAGCUGGGUAUGCCUCAGUUCCUCAGCGCGGAGGCACAGAGCCUGCUCAGGGCCCUUUUCAAGCGGAACCCCUGCAACCGACUAGGUGCUGGUGUUGAUGGAGUGGAGGAAAUUAAACGUCACCCGUUCUUUGUCACCAUAGACUGGAAUAAGCUGUACCGAAAGGAGAUCAAGCCACCAUUCAAGCCAGCCGUGGGCAGGCCUGAGGACACCUUCCACUUUGACCCCGAGUUUACUACAAGGACCCCCACAGACUCUCCUGGUGUCCCCCCAAGUGCAAACGCCCACCACCUGUUCAGAGGAUUCAGUUUUGUGGCCUCCAGCCUGGUCCAGGAGCCCUCACAGCAAGAUGCACCCAAGGCCCCCAUUCACCCAAUUGUGCAGCAGUUACAUGGGAACAAUAUCCACUUCACUGAUGGCUACGAGAUCAAGGAGGACAUCGGGGUGGGCUCCUACUCAGUGUGCAAGCGGUGUGUACACAAAGCCACAGAUGCUGAGUACGCCGUGAAGAUCAUCGAUAAGAGCAAAAGGGAUCCCUCAGAGGAGAUUGAGAUCCUCCUGCGGUAUGGCCAGCACCCCAACAUCAUCACCCUAAAAGAUGUCUACGAUGACGGCAAAUACGUAUACCUGGUGAUGGAGCUCAUGCGAGGCGGGGAGCUGCUGGACCGCAUCCUCCGUCAGCGGUGCUUCUCUGAGCGCGAGGCCAGUGAUGUUCUCUAUACCAUCGCCAGGACCAUGGACUACCUGCACUCCCAAGGGGUUGUUCAUCGGGACCUGAAACCAAGUAACAUUCUCUACAUGGAUGAGUCUGGGAACCCCGAAUCCAUCCGCAUCUGUGACUUUGGGUUUGCCAAACAGCUGAGAGCAGAGAAUGGGCUGCUCAUGACCCCCUGCUAUACUGCAAACUUCGUGGCUCCUGAGGUCCUGAAGCGGCAAGGCUACGAUGCAGCGUGUGACAUCUGGAGCUUGGGAAUCCUGCUAUACACCAUGCUGGCUGGGUUCACCCCUUUUGCCAAUGGGCCAGACGAUACCCCCGAGGAGAUUCUGGCGAGGAUUGGCAGUGGGAAGUACGCCCUUUCUGGGGGGAACUGGGAUUCCAUAUCUGAUGCAGCAAAAGAUGUCGUGUCCAAGAUGCUCCAUGUGGACCCCCAACAACGCCUGACAGCUGUUCAAGUGUUGAAGCACCCAUGGAUCGUGAACAGAGAGUACCUAUCCCAAAACCAGCUGAGCAGACAGGAUGUCCAUCUAGUGAAGGGCGCCAUGGCGGCCACCUACUUUGCUCUGAACAGGACCCCACAGGCACCAAGGCUGGAGCCUGUGCUCUCCUCUAGCUUGGCCCAGCGCAGAGGCAUGAAGAGACUCACGUCCACCAGGCUGUAGUGGCCAGCCAAGCCUCCAGCCUCAGCCUCCCUGCCCAACGUGCUCUCAGGCUCACAGACGCCAGAUACAGGUCCUGUUCACAGGCACUUCAGUGCCCGUGGGUCCAGCACAAAGAUGGAUCUGGCCUUGGCUGUCUCUCUGUUUCCUUUGCAGGCCAGGAAAGGGUCCUGCCCAGGAUGUCUGAGCCUUGCUGCGCUGACCUCGCCGCCCGCUCUCCUCCUGAGUGAAACCAAAUGAAUUUGUCACCUCAUAGCACCCUGCUGGAGCCUCCCUGGGCUCACUCAGGGCUCUCGGUGUCUCCAUGUCAUGGCUUAUGCUCAAAGAGCUCUUUUACCAUCCUGAUGUCACCUACAUGUCCCACUCACUGUCUCUCUGAGAGUGUUAGUGCAUGGUCCCUGCCAGGAGACUGCAGAGCCGCUCUGGAAGAGCUGGAUGCCCUUGGAUGUUCUGGUGACACCAGCGGCUGUGUGAAGACAUCCAGCUUAAAUCCUGGUUCUGUCCACAAUCACCCAAAGAGUACCCCUCACCCACUCUGGUUCACAAGCGAGAUGCUGAGUAACCUCUCCCCGACUCUGUAAGUGACUUGGCAGGAUGAAAGCAACCAACCCAAGAGACUAAGAUGGCUGAGUUUAUGUGAGAGCCUGAUUCGUGUUGGUUGAGACAGGAGCCCCAGGGAAUUGCCGGGCAGAGCCAGUACCCACUGCACUGCUGCCCCCUAACCCUGUGGCCCCGGGGACACUGGAGUGGGCUCUGCCAUUGCUGGUUGUUGGCAGCCCUGCACAUGUUUACCUGAGGUGGUAUAGCGUAUUCACUUUCUGCUUUCCUUAGCCUGACUGAGGACAGGAGAGGCACCUAAGCCCCUUGGCCUUAGAGAGGCAGAAGGUACCAGGACAAGUUGUUGGCGGAACUGACGCGCAUUGUAAACGCCGUGGUCCUGUGUUUGCAUCUUGUGUUUCUGUUAUCUAACCCAUGUUUGCAGGCUGUGGUCUGCUUAGGGAGCGGUAGUUACAUCGACCAGGCUGUCUGUGCGCAUUCUUCAUGCAGAGUAACCGAGUGAGACCCUUCCCGCAUGGUCCCGGAGGAGGGAUUGUAUGUCCUGCAGUAUCUCUAGGGGCUGCUGCAGACAGUGGACUCAGGUCAGAGGACACUCCACUGUGGUUCAGGUCCUGCCAGUCUGAGAGGCAGCCCCUCUGCCCAGUAGGUGUAAGAGGUACCUGUUGGUCACAGCAGGCUUGCACUGGGAAGAUCACAGGUGGAUCAUGACUGCUUCUCCAACUCCUGCCCCUGUGGAAUGUUCGAAACAUAAUUCCUUCGCUCAGUCUAAUUAUUUCAGACCUCAAAAUGUAAACGUAUUUCACAAGCUUUAAUUACUCCACUCGACUCUGUUCUGUUUGAGAAUUCUAGAGCGGGGACAGACUCUGCGCCAUUUUAAGUGUCCCUAGGGAUGUUCUCACACUUUCUCAGGGGGACUCUCUCUGCCCAAGGCUGAGAUCACCUCCCUUUUUAAUGUUCUAGGUUGGAAUCCUUCCGUUUCUUGAUAGAAAUCUAGAGGGAAAGUACAGUGGGUAGUCUUAAUGACAGGUUCUGUCCCCUUGGAAAUGAGCAGGCGCCCUCUGAGGGCCUCUCUGGCAUGCAUCCACACUCUGGCCGCUCACAGCUUCAGGCUGGGUUUGUUUGCAGCUUUAAGCGUACAUGUUAAAGUCCAACAGAACAUAGAAGGCGUGUCUGAGGAGGCGAGCAUGGUGUGCCCCCCCUCAUGGUCACAUGGUCCCAUCACCUCCUUCAGUAAAGCCAGGUUAUCUGCCUUACACUCAGCCUACUCUUGCCAAAGGGAUGGAGGAGACCGUCACACCAAAUGUAUCCUCGAAGUGUUUGAAAAGGAUGCUGGCUCAGCCUUGCUCUGCUGAGCGUGGAGUACCCCCACAUUCCCACCCUCACCCAGUGCUUGAUACUUGAAAUAUCUCCUGGAGUCAGCCUGAGGAGCACGUGACAGGAUUAUUUUAAUCUCCGUUCUUUAAAGUCUUCAGUGCAGCAGCAGGUGGCUGUGGCAUGUAACCCCGUGUCCCCAGUGUUUACCUGUCCUGUGACCUGUGACCCUUUACCCAACAGGACAAAAGGCCCUGUAUUCUCUACACAGUUGCCUACUUGCAUAGCUACAGAAUCUGUCAUGGGAAAGCCUAGCCUACAUCCUGGGACUUCUUUACCCAUCCCCAGUAGCCACUUUUGGGCUAUCCCACUGGCAACUCCUGUUCUGUUCGGGCUGAGAACAUGAUGAGUGGCCCCACUGAAGGAGGCGGCGUGGGGUGCUUGUCAAAUUCUCUUCCCCAGAGUCAACGGCAGGCAAGCCGUGAACAUCCCCUGUCCUAGUCCCCUGUCCUACGGUUGGAAUGUGUGUGAUUUUGAACUACCUGUGUGCACUGAUCUUUGGAUAUUGUUUGGCUUUUUAAGCGAGCAUCAUCCUGAUGCUAUCUGAUGUUGACAGUAUUCUUUAUUAAACUAUGUUCUUCCUUAAGAUGCCCUUUGGGAUUUCCCCUACUUUGUACUGCUUCUCUCAAGCACAUGGGAAAUACACCGUGACUCUUCAUUCUCUCUGACACGUUUUGCCGCCCUUUACCACCCACAAGACUGUGAGACUCCUGGAGUGGAAAAGGACUCUGUGGUCCCUAUGUGGCAGAGACAGGUGGAAGGGGAGGCCAGCAUAGCUCAUCCAUGCAGGUGAAAUGUACCUGUCCACCCCGAGUCCACCCCGCUCCCACCCCGCACUGCGUUUCCAUGUUCAGCAGUUCCGUUUACAGCUCCCUCCAUGUUCACACUGUCUGUGUUCGCAACGGGCGGCCACUGUGCCUCCAUGUUCACCCUCUGUCUGUGUUUGAGACGGGCGGCCACUGUACAGAUAUUUAUUAUGCUUUCCAAACUUUCCCAUGAGAUUUUUUGAAUAAACAUGGAUUUUAUGAAGUGUAAUA